CGGCAAUGACUCCCGGACCAACCACCAAAAUGGAUCGUUCGAUGGCGGGUGGUGGUGAAUCGACCGGUACCGAACAGCGCAAGCGUUGCGGUGAAACGAUCCACUCGGGCCAAUUUAUGGUGUCACACUUCGAAACCGAAGGUGCCGAGGACGAUGAUGACGAUCUCGGCAUGCAGAUGGAGGAAGUCAAACCGGCGGAUCUCAUUUCCACCGAUAGUGCCGGCGUUAUACUGCCGGUGGCUGGACCGGGUGCCAUGUCGGAUGUGGCCUCUUCCUCCACUGCCGGUGCGCUGGUACCACUGGCCAGUAUCGGAUCGACCGAGCACCAGAACCAGCUUGCCCGGUACGUGCCACGGCCGCUCGGCAACCGUACCACGGUAUCGCAGGUCGAGAUCGAUACGGACCUUUCGACCGUCUUCAAUACGCUCAACGUAACGUACACGCAAAAGCUGACAUCUCCCAAAUGGAACCCUUUCAAAGGAAUCCGUUUACGAUGGAAAGAGAAGAUUCGUCUGAACAAUGUUAUCUGGCGCUGCUGGCACAUGCAAUUUAUCAUGAAGCGGAAAACUCUAGUCUGUCAGUUUGCUUCCCCACUAGACGUAGACGUUCACAGUACUCCGCAGGCCAUUUUGCUGGAAGGAAAGUACUGGAAGAGAAAAUGCAACGUAAUCAAGGCGGAGUACAAGAAAUGGCGACGGUUUAACGUAAACAGAGCAUUAGGUGCAACAAACAUUGUCGAUACGAAUAGCGAAUUAGACUUCUUGGAGUGGUCUCCGAUCAGUAAUGAUAUAUUUAUGAUCACCGAUAAUAUGCCCACGGAUACGCUGUUCUCUACACUAGCCCAGUAUCCGUUUCCCGAUUCGAGAGAGAUAGCUCGUGGCGCGGGGCGGGCCGACUUCAUCCAGCCCAGCUUGGGCCCGCUACAGCCAAACCUAGAUGAUUUGAUGGAUUUGGAUCUAGACUUUCUGAACUUCUCGCGACUAGCCCCAGUACCGGAAGAAGCAUCAGACGAUCUGCUGAAAGCGAUCGAUUACAAUUAUCCACUCGGGUCCAACCAACUAACCAACACAGGUAGUAGCAUACAGGAAACGCCGGAGACACUGGCAGUCUCCGGCACCAACCAACAGACGAACCAGCCGCACCAAGCAACCGGCUGUAUACAGCAGCAGCCACCGCCUGGCAUUCAAUACUCGGCAAAGAUCUAUGCACAAACCUUGCAACCGUCGGGUGGCGGUGGAUCAUCAUCAGCCUCCUCCUCGGUACAAUCUUCCAUUGCCCAGCAGCUUAGCAACGCAAUCGAUUCGUACCUGUCCGAUCAGCUUAUUGGUGGUGCUAGCCUGAGUAGCAAUAGCCAGACGUCUGCGUCUCUAGCCACAUCGCUCGGUUUAGGUCAGGUGGCAUCGGCUCAAUCACAUCAGCAGCAUUCGUCGCUUGCCAGUGGUAGUGCCAGUAACGACGAGCUGGCGCGCAGUGUUAAAUCCAAAUUUUCCCGUGGAUACGCCAAACACAACUACGACCCUAAAUACCCACCGACGCCCCAUCAAACGAUGGCAUACAACAUGGUUUCGCAACCACACAUGGGACAAACGGGCGCAAAUAGUGCGGUCCUUGGGACAUCCAGUCCCUACGGUAGUAACACUUCCGUUGGUUUCCAGAAUGUGAUUUCUUCGUCUGCCGCCGCUUCCGCAUCCUCCUCAUCCUCCACUUCGGGCAUUCUUCAGAUGGGUUCGGGUACCAUCCCAUCAUCCCUAACGCCCAGUAGUAUGCAGCUACACUACAACCAUUCCGCUUUGCAGAACGCAACUAGCAAUCCUGUCAAUCUCUCCAACAGUCCCGGUGCAUCCAGCGCUGGUGGUAAUGGUAGUAGCAACAUACGGACACCAUCACAAAUGGGCGGCACUGGUGGUACAUCUGUGGCACAGCAACCGAACGUGUCCGGCGGGUCGGUAAUGCUCAUGCAAAGCCUCAACUCUAAGCUGUUGACACACAGCCAAUCGCUGCCGGUACCGGCGUUGCCGCAAGCAAAACCAGCUCCACCACAACCCCGCUCAACCUCAAUGCCGACCGGGCCAAACUAUAACCAAAUGUUGGCUUCGCAGCACUCUCCGCCCGGUAGUCUGCAUGCAUCACAGUCGGGAAGUAGCUACAAAUCUUACCACGGACACCAACCGCAACCGUACAAGAUUCCCUCGCAAACGGUCGGUGCCGGCGGUUCGUACGCUAGCGGAGUGCGAUCAAUGCGUCACUCGUCCCCGCCGCACGGUACACUACUGCAGGCUACAUCCGGUUCCUCGGGGGGAUCCACGGCAAUCGGUAUGAGCUCGGGUUCCGGUGCACCCGUCGGACUAUCGAACGCUUUAGAGCAAUCGCAACAGCAGCUGCAAGAUCUUCAGCUUCAACAGCAGCAACAGCAGCAACAAUCGAUUAUCCAAUCGGGUGGUGGCCUUCAGCAGCAACAGCAGCAAACCCAAGCCAAACGUCAUCCACCGCAUCCCACCAAAGAAAUGUUCCGCUCGAACAGUCUUCCGAUCAAUGCAACGUUUCCGCUGCCACCGAAGGAAGCGGAAAACUUUGCCAUGCCUCGGUACCAUCAGUCCACACAGAAGGCCAACGCGAAGUUGCGCACACGCAGCAACUCGAUGAUCAUGAAGCAACAGACGGGUGUUAUAACGGGCCCGGGCGGGAUGGGAAUGGUGGGAUCCGGCAGUACGGCAAUGUCCGGUGGUGGUGGAGGAAACUCGCAGCACAUGUCGCCGACACUGCACGCCACCUCCAGUGAACCGAUGCUCAACGUUACCAAUAGUGCGCUGCUUGCCCAACUUUUAACCACUAAUAACGCAAGUACCUUACUGAGUAAACAAUCACACAGUACAUCAUCAAGUGCCAUAAGUACCUUAACGCAGUCUUCGUCGCAACAUCAGCAGCACCAACAGCAACAGCAACAGACGAGUCUGUUCCAAACGAUGUCGAUGGGAAAUACCAUUUCUCCAUCAUCCUCACAGCUUCAGUUGCAUCAGCUGCAGCAACAACAACAGCAGCAACAACAACAACAGCAGCAGCAACAACAACAGCAACAGCAACAACAGCAGCAACAGCACCAUCACCACCAAAUGUCCAGUGCAACACCCGGUCCAUCCAGCAGCAGUACGAUGCGACCCCAAACGAGCCACAGUUCUGUGCUAAACUUUGCCUCCUCUACCGGCAUGUCGCUAUCGCAGCAGAGUCUUUCACCCGAUUCGGCACACGACACGGACGGUCCCAUGUCGCCGACCAGUUUGGGUGGUAGCGGCAGCAAUAGUGCAGGCGGAGCCGGUAGUAAGUUUCCGCGCAGCGAUAGCCAGCGUCGUACCGGGCACAUACACGCGGAACAAAAGCGUCGCUACAACAUAAAGAAUGGGUUCGAUACGCUGCACUCGUUGAUACCGCAGCUGCAGCAGAAUCCGAAUGCGAAGCUAAGUAAAGCGGCCAUGCUGCAGAAGGGUGCCGAUUACAUCAAGCAGCUGCGCUCGGAACGCACGUCCGCUAACGAUCAGAUGGAUGCAUUGCGCCGGGAGAUUGAUCAGUUGAAUAAUUCAUUAAACAACCUUCAUACCGCACUGCCUGCCAGUGGGGCACCCGUGUCCCGCCAGCGAACCGGUCGCGUGAAGGAACUGUACCACCACUACGUCCGACAGCGAACGCUGGAGAACUGGAAAUUCUGGAUCUUCGGGUUGAUCUUCGAACCGUUGCUGAAUUCCUACAACCAGACGGUUUCCGUCGCGAGCAUGGAUGAGAUGUACCGCACUAGCCAGCUGUGGGUCGAUCAGCACUGUUCAUUGGUAGAGCUAAGGCCUGCUGUUUCUAAUCAGCUACGUCAGCUGUCCACGACGACGGAUGUCCUGUCGGAUCCUCCAAGCUCACUGCAGGAGGAGGUACUUAAGGCGAUCUCCAAUUCGAGCAGCAACUGUCUCGUGCCGCGUGGCUCCGGAAAGGGAAGCAGUCGUGGUGGCAGUAGCACCGAAACAAGUCCCCAUCGAUCAUAAUCCACGUUCCCAUU